AAAUGAGAUUGAAGAACGCGAAGACAUCCAAUCCCCUCUCCUUCCGCGCUCCACUCACUCUCUCUUCAUUGCCAUUCUCCACAUUCUUUGUUUCUCUUCUCACAAUCUCCCACCUCUUUUUCUCCAUGGCCUCCGACAACCUUUCCUCCGUUUCCGGCGCCGCCGAUGACGACAACUAUGGAUUCCGUCGUGAGGAGAUGUAUCAGAGCAACCUUGCCGGCACUGUCAGCGCCUAUGAUCGCCAUGUAUUUCUCUGCUACAAAACUCCUGAGGCCUGGCCCUCGCAUCUCGAAUCUUCUGAUUGCGACCUUCUCCCUAAGCUCCUCUCUGCCGCUCUCAAAGCGCGCAAGGAUGAUAUCUCUCUCAAGACGAAGCUGACGAUGUUCUCGGGACGUUAUGAAACUGGAUUUUCGGAUGGAGAUCUGUUGAUUUUCCCCGACAUGAUCAAAUACAGUGGGUUGAAAGAUUCAGAUGUGGAUGGCUUUGUUGAUGAUGUGCUUGUGAAUAAUAAACCCUGGGCAUCUGGAGUCCCAGAGGUUUUCACCGGCUCGCACGUGUUUGUGUGUGUUCAUGCUAGUCGAGAUCGGAGAUGUGGUGUCUGUGGACCCAUUCUUGUUCAAAAGUUGGAUGAAGAGAUUGAAUUACGAGGACUGAAGGAUCAGGUUUAUGUUAGUCCAUGUUCACACAUUGGAGGUCACAAGUAUGCCGGAAACUUGAUCAUAUACCAACCUGGUACGGAUGGGAAAACUACCGGUCAUUGGUAUGGAUAUGUAACUCCAGAAGAUCUCUCUGAAUUGUUUGAACAGCACAUUGCAAAGGGCGAGGUCGUGGAAAGACUUUUGAGAGGGCAAAUGGGCACAAAUCCUGAGGAAGUCCAAAAGGAAGGUGAACAAAAGCUUCCAAAUGGAGAAGAUUCAAAGGAAAGCAAGGUUGAAAUUAAAGAAAAUGGCAAUCAAAGCAAAGUGGAAACAGUAGCAAGCUGUUGCCAGGGCAGCAAUGGAUUCACUUGUUGCAGAGAUGAAAGCUCAGGGAAGAGUAGCAGCAUUGAAGAAAGGUCGAAAGAAAUUUCAAACGAUGAACAGGUCCCGACGACGGCAAGUAAAUUUUCUUGCUGGACAGGAAAGUGGGAACAAAGUGAAAUCCUUACCGCUGUUGCCGUGGUUGGAGCUGUAGCCACUGUUGCUGUUGCCUAUAGCAUCUACAGGAGAUCAGGGUAAAGUAUAAACGAUAUGUUUAUGUUUAAGCAUUAAAGUGUUUGUGCACUGCUUUUUCCUUUUCUUUUUGGUGGUAGAUUUGGUGAUAUUGGUAAAGAUGAAGAACUUUGACGAAUUAGAAAUAUAGAUAGUAAAAUGAUAUUAACAGGGAUGAUCCAAGCAAAAACUAGAGAGUGUAUUGUUUUAGCUCUAUUGCUUUCAAGGAUCAAAAUUAUUUGUUUAUUUCAAUACUCAUACAAAUCAGGAAUAUCAUAUUUGUUGGAUGAUUAAUGAUUUCA